AUUUAUGUGAAAAGUGUAAAGGAAUAGAUUAUGAGUGUGUUUAGAUUGAAUAGUUGUUGUUGCUGCAUCAACCUCGAUGUCGGCGCUAAGAUUACUGGAUUCAUAUGCGUGUUGUUUGCAGCUCUGUCAGCGACGCUGUUCGCGGUGCCGGCGUUGCUGCUACGGCUGCCACCAGCCACCAUGCUGUUCUACAGCGUUGCUGCCGUCACGUCUGCACUGCAGUUCAUCACUGGCAGCACCAUGGUCUGCGGACUGUUCCAGAAGCGUCCAAGCCUCAUACAGCCAUGGCUGCUCCUCACAUGGACAGUCUGCGGCGGCCUACUCCUCCUCUCCAGCGCGGGGACGGUCAUGAUGUACGUCAGCGGUGACGUCCGCGAGAGUUACGUCACCUCUAUCUAUUCUCUUUAUUCCAUGAUACUACUCUAUUUGGCAGUAGUGGUCCGCAGUCGGCGGGAGGAGCUGCUGGAUGAAAUUAAGUGGGAUUCGGGCAAGCGGCUCAUGAGGCCUGUCGCAAUCGAGAAGAAUCUCUACGUGUAGUAACGAAAGGUUCAAAUUCGUUAGGCAGCAUCAAAGCUGGCUAGGGAUCAGUUCUUUCAGUCA